AUGUCAACUGAAACUAAAAUUCAUAAAUUAAAUUAAAUCAACCUGUUAAAGUACUAGAGAAUUUAAAUUAAAAAAAAAAAUUCAACAAAUAAUGUUUCAAAGAAAACGUAACGGUAAAAAAUGCCAUGACGGUGGUAUCGGUGUUGGUGGUGGAUGUUGUGAAGAUGAUGAUAAUAGUAGUAAUGAUAGUAAUAAUAAUGGCAGUUUAUCUAGUCUAAUUCUACGUUAUUUUCUACUAAUAUUAAUUGUUGGUGUGAUUAUUUAUCAAGCAUUUAAUAAUUAUCAUGUUAUAACAUAUGUAAGCCAUUCAGUGAAAUCAUUUUUUCGUGGUGAUUUUGAUAAUAUAAUUGGUAUUGUUGAUGAUAAUUAUAAUAAUAAUAAUAAUAGUGAUGAUCGAAAAAAUAAUAUUUAUUAUGUGCCCGGUGAAACAGAAAUUUUAAGACAUAUGGUUAUUAGAACAAGAUUAGGUCGUUUACGUGGUUUUGUACAGAAUGUGAAUAAUGUUGAAGUGCAAACAUUUUUGUCCGUACCAUUUGGACAACCACCAAUUGAUAAAUUACGUUUUCGUCGUACACGACCAAUACGUAAAUGGACUGGUAUAAAAGAUGCAACAGAAUUUCCAUCACCAUGUAUACAAUCCGAAUAUACGCAACGUUUAUUUCCUGUACAUAUUAUCAAUCAAAAUGUAUCCGAAGAUUGUCUUUAUUUAAAUAUUUGGAGUCCAUUAGGUUCAAGAAAUAAAUCCGUUAUGGUUAUGAUACAUGGUGGAUUAUUUACAAUUGGUUCAAUAAGUGUUGAUGAAUAUGAUGGUCGUAUGUUAGCGGCACAUGGUGAUGUUGUUGUUGUUACCAUUCAAUAUAGAUUGGGUAUAUUCGGAUUUUUAGAUCUUGAUUCUGAACGUAUACCCGGUAAUAUGGGAUUAUUUGAUCAAGCAAUGGCAUUAAAAUGGAUACAUGAUAAUAUUCGAUAUUUUGGUGGUAAUCCAAAUUCAAUUACAUUAUUUGGAACAUCGGCCGGUUCGAUUUCCAUUGGUUUUCAUAUGUUUUCAUCACAUGCACAACGUUUAUUUCAACGUGCCAUAUUACAAAGUGGUUCACCAAUGUUAUUAAAAGAUGCAUUUUUACGUGGUGAAAGUGUUGCUGAAAAAUUUGCCGAAAUUAUUGGCUGCUAUGAAAAAGGUAAUCAAACAAUAUAUGAAGAUCCAGAACCGAUUAUCGAUUGUAUUGAUCAAACACCAUUUGAUCAGAUUUAUAAAGCACAAGAUGAAAUUGUACAAGAUAAUCCGGUACCAUUUAUGCCAACAAUACCAAGUGAAUAUAUUGAAAGUUUAAUUGGUGAUUUUAAUGAUUCGAUCAAAUUAUUUCAGAAACAAGUUUUAAUGGGCUUCAAUUUGAAUGAAGGUGCAUUAAUGUUACAUUUAUCAUAUCCAAAAAUUUAUACACGUCAUGAUGUACCAAAACAUAAGCUAUUGAAACAAGUACAAAAAAGUGUUGUAACAAUGGGCGUCGAUUCAGGUCUAAAAGAAUCAACAGCAACAGCAAUGGCAAAUCUAUUAAUUAGAAGUGAUCAUGAAGAAGAUAAUCCAAUUGUAUGGGCACGUAAAGUAGCUGAUCUAUUCAGUGAUGUUAUGUUUGUAUGUCCUACAUAUCAAUUUGUUGAUAAAUUAUUAUCAUUAAAUACAACAACAUAUCUAUAUCUAUUUGCGCAACGUUCAAAAAAUAGUAAAUGGGGUGAAUGGAUGCAGGUAACACAUCAUGAUGAAAUUAAUUUUAUUAUGGGACAUCCUUUACGUUAUCCAUUACUUUAUAAUGAUGAUGAUCGUAAUGUUAGUAGUAUUAUGAUUAAAACAUGGACACAUUUUGCACGUACUGGUGAAAUGCCUGAAACAUUUUUUCAAGAAAAAUGGCGCCCAACAAUGUUGGAACAAAAAAAUUUUAUGCAAUUAAAAGCCGGUGAUAUGCAUAUGGGAAAUAAUUUUCAUAAUGAAUCCUGUGACCUUUAUAAUCUAUUGGCAGAUUAUCUUAGUUAAUUGAUUGAUUGAUUGAUUAAUUUUUCGAUCUAAUCCAAUCCAGCUAUAGACAGAAAAAAAAGUUAACUUACGAACAACAACAAAAAGAAAAGAAAAAACAUUUCAACAUCUCAUCAUUAUAUAAUCAUCAUCAUCGAACAACAACAACAACAACAACAAAAAUUAUUUAUUUCAUCAUCAUCAUUUUGAAAUGGUCAUUAAACUUGAAAUUUUUUGAUUUUGAAAAAUUUGAUUUUAGACUUUGUCUAAUAUUAUACAUUAUUUCUCUCAUUUUCAUCUCAAUAAUUAUUGUUUUUUUCUGUUGAUGUAAUUCUUUCUCAUUGAUUAAUAUUUUGAAUUUAUAUUUAAAUAAAUUUUAAAAAAAAA